GAGCCACGUCUCCGCUGGCGGAGGACUAAGAGGCGAUUGGCGUCCGGGGGCUGCUGGGAAGAUGGCGGACUCGGUGGCCGGCGGAUGAGGAGGCCGCGGGGGGAGCCCGGCCACCGGGCCCCGAGACCGACUCUGGGAGCGAUCUGCGCGGGGCCUGGGGAGUCAUGUAGGGGGCGGGCAUCUGCGGAGCGGGCCGCGGGAGGACGGCGGGAGUUGGUGUUGGCGACCGUGACCACGGUCUCCCGGCGUCCCCGAGCUGGGUGGGCGUGGGGGGCCCUGACAUCGCCGACUCCGCGCUGCCACUUUCCCCCUGCGCCCUCGGCUUCCACGGGCGCCCUCCGAGGUGGGCGCUGCGUUCUCGUUUCACAGGCGAGGAGGCUUAGGCAGAGAGACGAAGCCACUGGUCCAAGGUCACGCAGCUGGGUCUCCAUCACCCAACUCCAUGCUUCGAGUCCUGCUCUCUGCCCAGGCCUCUGCUGCGCGGCUGUCUGGCCUGCUGCUGUUCCCACCUGUGCAGCCCUUCUGUCUGGGGCCCAGCAAGUGGGGGGACCGGCCUCCCGGAGGAGCCCCCCAUGCAGCUCCUGUGCAGGGGCUGCAGCGGCUUCUGGAGCAGGCGAGGAGCCCUGGGGAGCUGCUGCGCUGGCUGGGCCAGAACCCUACCAAGGCUUCCCCUCAGAUGGGCCCCUGGUGUGUGCCCUGCAGCGGGAGCGAAGGCUCCGCCUCCCUCCGAAGCCACCUCCCCCUCUGCAACCUGUCCUUCGAGGUGGGCAGAGGUUGGAAGCCGCUCUGAGCUGCCCCCACUUCCUGCGGCAUCCUCAGCAGCGCCUCAUCCGAAGCCUGGCAGAGGCCAGGCCAGAGGAACUGACGCCCCACGUGAUGGUGCUCCUGGCCCAGCACCUGGCCCGACACCGAUUGCGGGAGGCCCGGCUUCUGGAAGCCAUUGCCCACUUCCUGGUGGUCCAGGAAGGCCAGCUCAACAGCAAGGCAGUGCAGAAGUUGGUCCUGCCCUUCGGGCGGCUGAACUACUUCCCCCUGGAACAACAGUUUAUGCCCUGCCUUGAAAGGAUCCUGGCUCGGGAAGCAGGGGUGGCCCCCCUAGCCACUGUCAACAUCCUGAUGUCACUGUGCCAGCUGCAGUGCCUGCCCUUCCGAGCCCUGCACUUUGUCUUUUCCCCGGGCUUCAUCAGCCACAUCAGUGGCACCCCUCACGCCCUGAUUGUGCGGCGCUACCUCUCCCUGCUGGACGCGGCCGUGGAGCUGGAGCUCCCAGGAUACCGGGGUCCCCGCCUUCCCCAAAGGCUGCAAGUACCCAUCUUCCCCCAGCCACUCAUCACUGACCGUGCCCGCUGCAAGUACAGUCACAAGGAUAUAGUGGCGGAGGGGCUGCGCCAGCUGCUGGGGGAGGAGAGAUACCGCCAGGACCUGACCGUGCCUCCAGGCUACUGCACAGACUUCCUGCUGUGUGUCAGCAGCUCUGGUGCUGUGCUUCCCGUGAGGACCCAGGACCCUUUCCUACCCUACCCUCCCAGGUCCUGUCCCCAGGGCCAGGCUGCCUCUCAGCCCACCACCCGAGACGCUGCCCAAAGGGUGGUGCUGAUGCUGCGUGAGCGCUGGCACUUCUGCCGGGACAGCAGGGUGCUGCUGGGCUCGCGGGCCCUGCGGGAGCGGCACCUGGGCCUGCUGGGCUACCAGCUCCUGCCGCUGCCCUUUGAGGAACUGGAGUCCCAGAGAGGCCUGCCCCAGCUCAAGAGCUACCUGAAGCAGAAGCUCCAAGCUUUGGGUCUGCGCUGGGGACCAGAAGGGGGCUGAGGGGUGCACGUGGGGUUCACGAUGGCCCCCCUGUGGGGGGUGGGCGAUGUGCACUUUGGCUCCCUGUUUUAUUUUUCAUUAAAGUCCCUUUCCUCCCCA